ACUUCGUAGGAACGCCCCGCGGCAGACCCGGCCGCCGAGAUGGCGGCGCCGCAACCGUGCGCGGAUGGUUCCUGCUGCUCACACCCCGGUGCGGUGCCCGGGGUACAGCAGACGCUGGAGGAGAUGGACUUCGACAGGGGAAUCUGGUCGGCAGCCCUGAAUGGAGACCUGGGCCGAGUGAAGUAUUUCAUCCAGAAGGCCACAGACCCUAGCCAGCCUGACUCUGCUGGUUACACUGCACUGCAUUAUGCUAGCCGUAAUGGACACUAUGCUGUUUGCCAAUUCCUGCUGGAAAGUGGAGCAAAGUGUGAUGCCCAGACCCACGGGGGUGCCACAGCUUUGCACCGGGCCAGCUACUGUGGCCACACAGAAAUCGCACGACUGCUCCUCUCCCACGGGUCCAACCCCCGCCUGGUCGAUGAUGAUGGCAUGACCAGCCUACACAAGGCUGCAGAAAAGGGUCACGAGGACAUUUGCUCCCUCCUGCUACAGCACAGCCCAGCCCUGAAGGCUGUCCGGGAUCGCAAAGCACGCCGAGCAUGUGACCUGCUGCCCUGCAACAGUGGCCUGUGGGACCUGUUGGCCGGCUGAGGCUCCACCUCCUGUCUCUGGCUGCCCUUGAAGAGUACACAGACCAGCUCUCCACACCCUGCCUUGCUCAGCA